AUGCAGUAUAGGCUGAAUAACGAUAUCGUGGUAACACAAGAACAGUUAGACCUGUGGAAUGCGGCGCUUUCGCAGAUGGAAUCGCCUCAUGAAAUAUUGAAAUGGUCUAUUGCCACUUUCCCUCAUCUUUUCCAAACAACUGCGUUCGGGCUCACAGGGCUCGCUACGAUAGACAUGCUUUCCAAAAUCCAGAAAACCCACAUUACUCCUCUUAUCUUCAUUGACACCUUACACCAUUUUCCCCAAACGCUUGAGCUUCUGCAGAAGGUCGAAGCGCGCUACUACAAGCCUCAGAAUCAGCUGGUUCAUGUGUUCAAACCUGAGGGUUUACAAAGCGAGUCUGAGUUUGCCGCCAAGUACGGCGAUUUUUUGUGGGACCGCGACGAUACUAAGUACGAUUACUUGGUGAAAGCAGAGCCAGCACACAGAGCAUACCAGGAAUUAUGCGUAACUGCGGUUUUCACAGGACGCCGCAAAUCUCAGGGCGCAGGCCGUUCAGAAUUAAAUUUUGUUGAGAUCGAUGAACUAAAUGGGAUUCUCAAGAUCAACCCUCUAGCCAAUUGGGAUUUUCAACAAGUAAAGGCCUACAUCGACGAGAAUCAGAUUCCAUACAACGAACUGUUAGACCUGGGCUAUAAGUCAGUUGGAGACUACCAUUCUACAGUGCCUGUUGCUGAAGGAGAGGACGAGAGAGCCGGAAGGUGGAAAGGUAAAGCUAAGACCGAGUGUGGAAUUCACGAGACAAGCCGUUUUGCUCAAUUUCUCGAAAACGAUAAUGAGCCUAAAAAAAAUUGA